AUGAAUACCUCUUCCAUUACCUCCAAUUCUUCAAACCUUGGCAACUUCUCUAACAAUAAUUCUAAUAACAAUGAAGAAGUCAAAGUAAUGGUACCACCAUUGAACUUUGCGAUGGUGGCACCAGGAGUUUAUCGUUCUGGGCAUCCUAAUCGUCAAAAUUUCCCUUUUUUAAAAAAGUUGGGACUAAAGAGCUUAAUAUAUCUUUCACCUGAUGAUAUUCGUGAGGAAUUAGAUCAAUUUGUAAAAGAACAGAAAAUUCAGAUAUUUCAUUAUAGAAUUGAUGGAAAUAAGGAGCCAUUUAUGGAAAUCGAAGAAAAAGAAAUUAGUAGUGCUCUAGUAAAAGUGUUAGUUUUCUUGGUUUUUACAAAUCAAUCUUUAUUAUAUGAAUGA